AGUUGGAUCUGUAUUUCGGAGCCAUGAAACUGGUUUGGUUGAGUCUGCUCUUCGUGGGCUUGUGGUGCCCAAGUCGCUGUCAGGAGGAGAACGAGUUGAAUGUCAGAGGAGUAAUGCGGGAAAUGGAGGUAAUACCCGAGAUACUGGACGAAGCACCAAAGGAUUUGCUCAAGGUAAAAUAUGACAACACCAUAGACAUCGAAGAGGGCAAAGUGUACACGCCCAAGGAGCUCAAGUUCGAGCCCAAACUGGAUUGGAAUGCCGAUCCUGGGUCCUUCUACACUGUGCUUAUGGUAUGUCCCGAUGCGCCGAACCGCGAGAACCCCAUGUACCGCUCCUGGCUGCACUGGCUGGUGGUGAAUGUGCCCGGCCAGGAUGUGACGAAGGGUCAACCCAUUUCCGACUACUUUGGCCCACUGCCUCCCAGGGACAGUGGACUGCAGCGUUAUCUCCUGCUCGUCUAUCGGCAAUCGGAUCGCUUGGACUUUGACGAGAAGCGUUUGGAGCUGAGCAAUGCGGAUGGACACAGCAAUUUCGAUGUGCAAAAGUUUACGCAGAAAUAUGAAAUGGGUGCGCCCGUGGCAGGGAAUAUUCUGCAAUCCAAAUGGGAUGAAUAUGUGCCCGAGUUGAUGAGGAUGUUGUAUGGUGUGGCGGAGUGAGGGAGGAA